GUUGUAUAAACCUUUGUUGUAUGUCUGUGAAUCUGCUAAAAUAUUUUUGUUGUUUUGUGUCAUGCGCCUUAGUUAUAUAUCCAUGUCAACAAACCAAAUUUAUUCAGUUACUUAUUUAUUUACUUACAUAUCAAUAAUAUUUUUAUCCCGUUUUUAUGUUGUUUGAUUUCUAUUCAAAAUCAAUAUUAAAUUGAACCCAUUUUUUUUGGGUUGUCAGUUUAAUUUAUUUUGAAGGUUACCGUGUUGUGAUUUUUAAAAAUAAAUUUUUUAAAAUUCUAAGUUUAAUGUUUUAAAAAUAUUGACAAUUUACUGAAAUGGUGUUUCGUAUAAAUAAACCAUGGGAUAAAGAUUUCCCAUAUUUUGAACGGCCUAAAGCAAUUGGAUACUACAGUAUUGACAGUACGAGAUCCAUUUGUUUUGAUUCUUCUCAAUUGACGUAUUAUUAUCCUCCGAAAAAUAAUGAAGUGAGUUUUGAUUUGAAUCAUGGCAUUGAAUGUGUACGCCGUAAAACUUCAACAACCAAACAUGAUAAAAUUGACACAUUUUUAAAAUGGAUAAUGAAUAAUUUUGAUAAAAUCCGUGCUCACCCUGACAGUAAUCGAUGGUUACAACCACAUAUUGUUUGUUUUCGUGGAUUAUUAUCAAGGAUUAUGAAAACUCCGUAUGAUGAAAGAGAAGGCUGGAUUAUAUGUGCAGCUAAAUGGAAAGGAACUAUUUAUUUAAUGGCUUUUGAUACUGAAGCUGAUACAUUUGAAUUGAAUAAUCGAACAGAGAAAGAUUUACAAUUUUCCUCGUGGGGAUUCAAAUUUGAACAAUAUAUUUUAUCAGAUGAACCGAAUAAACCUCCAGAUACUUCUAAACCAGUAGAUGAAAAAGAGGAAUUUUGUUGUGUAUUCCAAAGUCGUUUAAGAGAAAGGAAAUUACUUUAUGCUGCUGAAAUGGAUGGAGUGUAUUCAGAUAAGUUAUUAACAGAUCCUUUGCCGAUUGAAAAUUUGAAAUUCAUUGAAUUAAAGACAAGCCGAAUAGUUGACAAUGAACGUCAAUUUUCAAAUUUAAAAAAAUUUAAGUUUAUUCGAUGGUGGAGUCAGAGUUUUUUAGUCGGCAUCGAAAAUAUUUUAUGUGGAUUUAGGGAUGACAAAGGAAUAGUUAGGAAUUUAAAAAAUUAUCGAGUUGCUGAUUUGCCGAGGAUUUCAGAAAGAUUUUGGAGUGCUUCGACAACAAUGAAUUUUUGCGAUGAUUUUUUAAAAUACGUUGAAAAGACUGUGAUAAAUGAUUGUAAUAAAACAAUAUAUAAGUUUGAAAGAAUUCCACACAGUCAUAUUAUUGUGACUGAAGUUUCGCCAACUUCAGAAUAUGCAUUUUUACCUGAAUGGUUCAUUAAGUCUUUUAAUAAAUAA